AAGGUUAAGGUGCCCCAAGGUGGGUAUAUCCACCGAUAUCCUCGCACACGCUCCGAUAAAAUCCUAGACGGAGGAAUAAAGCUGAGCGCGCGAUCGAAAGGGAACGCUGGAUUCUACGAUUGGCCCGACGCGCCACACCGCUCCGCGUCACGCAACGCGAGAUAUAUAAUUCGAUCUUUGCCUUUGUACUCUAGUUUUGCCUACGCGCGUUUACGUGGGUACGUGUCGUGCACCACUGGAAACGGCGACAUGCUGCCCGUCAAGAUUACCCUGCUGUUUGGACUUGUGACGCUUUUAAAAUUAUCGGCAGCAGCACCAGACAGCGCAGGGAUAGUGGAAAUGGUGAAUGGAUUGGCGUACGGUGGGAUUCCUUACGGAAGCGUAAGCGGCAUGGUCGCCAAGUAUCCGGGAUACAGGCAGAUUAAUGCUGAAGCUAGAGAAUUUGAGAACAUUUUGAGCAACACUCAACGGCCAGUAAUAAUCACGCCGAAUUUCCGAGCGACCCGUCUGAUGGGCAUUUCGCCUCGACCUGUGCAAAUUUACAAUCUUCCCGGUGUCAUCGCCCCCGGUAUCGUCGGCACAAUCAGCCAGAUCGGCUAUUAGUUUGCCGGACUGUUAGAACGACCAGGCCAUCAAUCAUCAAAUGCAUACAUCAUUUACUCGAGUCUUUUCUCUCCUCAUGAAACUCUUCAGCGAAGAACGCACGUCAAGCCACCCACAUUGCGUUUUACGGCACGAUAUUAUGCAUUAUGAUACAAAGUAGAGACGCUCGGAUGAAGCAUUAUUAGUUUGUGGUUUUCGCCGAAUUAAUUUACGCCAAAAUUAAAGCUGCCACGAUUCUCGCGUAAAUUAUCCGUAAUUAUGAACAAUAGAAAAUAUUCAUUAUUUAAGAAUAUAUUCUCGUAAGUUUUAAUUGAAGACCGAAACUUUGCGACACAACCUUUUAUAUACUUUUAUGUACUGUACGUUGUUUUGUAUUUUUAUACUAUACUACAUUUAUUGCCAUAUUAAUCUCGAUAUUAGUUAUCGAGAUUUAAUGGGUAACAAUGAAUGAAUAUAUAUAUAUAUAUAUCUGCUCAA